AUGAUGACGACCCAGCAGGUGAAGACGGCGUCGACUUGCCCGCCGCCGGAGACGGCGCAGGGCACGCACGUGUUCGACAUCCUCGGGUACAGCAAGCACCGGGGGAUGGGCGCCGACUACUUCAUCAGAUCCGGCGUGGAGCUGUGCAGCCGCACUGGGCCCUCGAGGCCAGGGGGCCCAACCCCAUUUAUGUAUGUAGUCCACUGCCACGAAUUAACGCCGCUGCGGACUGGACUGGACUGGGGACUGCGGUGCUGCUCUGCUCCGGUCAUCAUCUACAGCAGCGAGGGUUGCGGCAGGCAGGCCCAGCACGCCAGGGCCGGACCUGACCUCCGCCUCCUCAGCAUGAGCGACAAGGUGCGCGCCUCCUGCGACCUCCGCCUGGUCAACCCUGCCACGGGGGUGGCCACGUCGGUGCACCCGACGCUGAUCAUCGACUCAUCGUGA